AUGCGUAAUCAAAUACCACAGUUCUCACAAGUACAACGUAGAAUACGUGCUCAACGUGAUCUUGCAGUUACACGACGUAUUAUUUUCACGAUUAUCGCCAUGACUUUGCCUGGCUUACCAAAUAUUGGUUUUAUUUUUCUGUCAAAUAUACAUCUGAAUAUGGAAGGUUCCUAUGAAAUGUAUCGUAUUCAAUGGACUGGUCCUAUAUUGGCAUUUCUAGUACUGAGUAUCGCUUUAAUAUUGAUGACACCAUCGUUAAAAAAUCUAAUCAUUGCGAAAAUGUUCAAUCAACGAGCUCAAGUGCAACCAACUACGUUGAACACAGCAAAAAAUGGUCAAGCGACACUCUCAUUUUAA